AUGGGUCAUCGUCGAGUCCGGGUGGAGCUCGAUUCCAGUUGUGCGGUCCAACUCCUACGGAGCAAGGAUAGACCUGAUCAUCAUCAUGCUGCUUUGAUCGACCGUUUCCAGGAUUUGCUUGCCCGGAAUUGGGAAGAGUCUGUUUCCCAUAUUUAUCGUGAGGGAAACCAGUGUGUUGACGCCCUCGCUAAAAGGGGUCAUUCGUUACCUUUUGGUUUUCAUAGGAUUGAGGUUUCGGAUCCUGGCCUUUGUAAUUUACUUCUGUACCAACAAAAAAAAGAUCGUUUUUAUGUCGUGCCUUCCGAAAAAAUUCACGUUUCAAUCUAUACACUGAGAAAAUUUUCAUUAAUGGUCAUUGAGCUUCCAUAG